AUGACGACGGUCGCCUCCCGAGUCGCUUCCAUCUGCGAAUUGAUCGACAACUUAGCCGCUGGUACAACUCUGAGCGCCAGGCGAGUUGCCGCCAUCUCCGCCAUGAUCGACGAGGUCGCCCAGGGAAGGAGGAGGAGGACCACGAGGAAGCGGCGCAUGGGCAACUCUCGCUGCUACGAGCAGGUGUGCACGCUCGGCGGGGGCACGUUCGGCGUCGUUGUCAAGGCGCGCCACCGCGCCACCGGCCAGACCGUCGCUGUGAAGACUCUCCGCAGCUUGCCCACCCAAGAAUCGGUCGGCGAGCUCCUUCGGGAGGCCUGCUUCAUGGCGGCCUGCAGCGGCCACCCCUCCCUCGUUGCUCUGCGUGGCGUCGUGCGCACACCCGGCACCAAGGGACGCAGGGACUACUUCCUCGUGAUGGAAUACGUCGGGCGCAACCUGUACCAGGUCCUCCGUGAGCGCAUCGAACGCGGUGACCGGCCGUUCCCAGAGGCUGACGUGCGCUGCAUCGUGCGGCAGCUGCUAGCCGGCGCGGAGACGAUGCACAGGAACGGCGUCGUGCACCGCGACAUCAAGCCGGAAAACAUCCUUGUCGCCCAGCACAGCGGCGGCGGCGGCAACAUCGUCAAGAUCGGCGACUACGGGCUGGCGCUCUCCACGACCGAGCAGGAAGACGGCACGGCCGGAACGAGGCACUACAUGGCGCCGGAAGUGCUGCUCGAGAAGCCGGACCGCGACACGCUCGUCGACCUCUGGUCCAUCGGCUGCGUGAUGGCGGAGCUCCUCACCGGAAAGACGUUGUUCAAGGGGGCCGACAAAGCCGACCAGCUCCACAAGAUCUUCGACGUGCUCGGCGUGCCAGGCGAGAGGGCGUCGGGGCCCGCCUUCAACUCGCCGGUCCUCGGAGAGGAGGUGCAGCUAUGGCGAGCGCGGCAACGGUCCGCUGCUGGGCCCAAGAACCGGCUGCGCAAGCUGUUCCCCAAGGCGCUGCUAUCCAAGGAAGGGUUCGAGGUCCUCCGGGGCCUCCUCACGUGCAAUCCCCUCAGGCGGCUGGAUGCCGCCGCCGCGCUCCGACUCCCGUGGUUCGUUGACACCGGUGUAAUGCCGGUCACCGCUGUCCCGACCCCGAGGCCCGGCGGCUGA